AUGGACUGCGCCAGGCAAGAUUUCGACGAGCUCGCUUGGGAUAAAAACGACGAAGAAUGGGAAGAGGCUAAGAAAGCGCUGAGCAAGAAGUCCUUGUGCCGUCGUCUCGAAUUAUUGGUAACGGAGAAGUUUGGACAGCCAGCAACCUGGAUUUCGCCAAUGAUCAUUGGCGGAUUCAACAACCUAUAUCGAAUACACGUCGAAGAUUUCUCACCCGAUGUUCUAGUCCGACGACCCUCUAUCAGUCAAGCCCAGUUUCCAGAGGAGAAAACUCUUCGAGAGGCAGCAACUAUGAAGUACAUACUGCAAAAAACUCACAUACCCACUCCGCGGGUAUUUUUCUACAGUGCUUCCUCUGAUGUCGGACCAUUCCUCAUCAUAGAGCGAGUUGAGAAUAAAUCAACUUUGUCACAUGCCCUAACUACACCCGGACUUGAUCGUUCAGUUACUCAUGCCUUGGAUCCCAAAAUUUCGCACACGAAACUCCAAGAUCUCUACCUUAAGGUAGCGAGUAUUGUGUUGGAACUCUCACACCACAAAUUUAAACGAAUCGGAUCCUUGGUUGAAGCAGACGAUGGUUCUUUCGUCGUUCGUGGACGACCCAUUACACAGAAUAUGAGCGAUAUGCUCCAACUUGCCAACAUUCCUUCCGCUAUCUUCUAUCCAGAGGACAAAACUUUCGGUUCGUCUGACGAGUACUACUUGAAUCUAGCGCAGGGCCAUCUAGCACAGUUGAUAUUCCAGCAAAACGACUUAGUCAAAUCAGCAGAUGAUUGUCGUAACAAGUACGUUGCACGACACCUUUUCCAUCAAUUGGCAGAAAAAGGCCGCCUUUCUCUAUUCGGCUUCCGGGAGGAUAACUGGUCUGCCUUAUCACGAGCCAAAACUUCCACUCUCUUGCCAAGCCCCUCGAACACACACUCGUUUAGGCUCUAUGGUGAUGACUUCCGUCCAGGAAAUAUACUUAUCAACGAGGGCAACGAGGUUGUCUCGGUAAUUGACUGGGAGUUUACAUAUGCUGCACCCACACAGUUUGUGCUUGAUCCUCCCUGGUGGUUGUUACUUGACACUCCGGAGAUGUGGGAUGCCGGUAUUGACGACUGGGUGGAGAGGUAUAAGUCUUCACUUGAGAUAUGGCUGUCCGCCAUGAAAGAGGCUGAAAAUAGAGAAGCUUAUCAAAACCGUGACUCCAAGUUUACGGACAUACCUCUGUCGUCAUACAUGAGGGAGAGCUGGGAAACUGGGCGAUUUUGGUUGAAUUAUGCAGCAAGGAAGAGCUGGGCACUGGAUACCAUCUACUGGAAGUUUUUGGAUGAGAGAUUUUUUGGACGAAGGGUAGAUCACGUUGAGCAGAAUGAACUUUGGAAGACAAGACUGGAUCUUCUAAGCGAAGGAGCUAGGAAAGCAAUGGAGCCGUUUGUACAGCGCAAGGUAGAGGAGAUGAAGGUGCGGAAAUUAAUCCACUGGGAUCCGGAAGCAGCGAGGGCUCGUCUGAAAAGAGUGCUCCUAGAUAGCGGAAUAGAUUAA